AACAAAAAAAAAAUUUAGAACAAAAACUGCGAUUGAAAUGAAAAGUGAAUUCUGGAGAAAAAUUGAAGUCUUUACAUGUGAUUUGUGAUUUUGUGUGUGCAAAAUUCAUUGUAGACUGUUUUUUAAUAUUUCCGGAGCAAAGUUCCCAAAAAUACGUACCGCUUGGUAGUAAUAUGAGUAAUGUUACCAACCAAAAUGGAACAGGUCUAGAGCAGCAGCUUGCUGGUCUGGACUUGCAGUCCCAGGCUCCCAAGAGCACUGGACGCUACAUCCCUCCGCACCUCCGCAGGCAGCUGACGACCAACGCUCCACAGGACACUGAUGAGGUGAGUUGUUUGCCAGGCGACGAGUCGAAGGGGCGUUCGGACGCGCGCAGCGGCGACAGUCGCGACCGCGCGUACGGCGGCGGCGGCGGCGGCGGCGGCAGCGCGCGCUACGACCGCGGCGGGCGGCGCGACGAGCGGUCGGACCGCGACGGGUACGACUCGCGGUACCCACGGCGCGACCGGCCUGCGGACGCGCCGGCGUCCCGUGACGGCGGCAGUCAGAAUGGCGACUCUGACCGCUGGUCCGAGUCCACGGAGCGCUGGCCCGAGCGCCGCGGCGGCCGCGAGCCCACUCGCGACAUCCGACGCGAUGAGGACUUUCAGCCACGCGAGCAGCAGGAGCCCCCGAAGCCGGGCAACGACCGCUGGAAGGAGCCGGAGCGCUCGGCUGAUGACCGCGGGAGCUCGCGCUGGGCGUCCGACGACGUGCGCCGCGGCGGCGGCGGCGGCGGCAGAGGCGGUCGCGAUGAGAACGACUGGACGAUCCCGCUGCCGCGCGACGAGCGUGUGGAGCUGGAGCUGUUCGGCACCGGCAACACCGGCAUCAACUUCAGCAAGUAUGAGGACAUACCGGUGGAGGCCAGCGGCGACCGCGUGCCCGACUUUAUUACUAGCUUCGACGACGUCAACCUGACAGACAUAAUGCGUCAGAACAUCGCGUCGGCGCGCUACGACAAGCCGACGCCGGUGCAGAAGUACGCGAUCCCGAUCGUGUGCGGGCGCCGCGACGUGAUGGCGUGCGCGCAGACCGGCUCGGGCAAGACGGCCGCCUUCCUCGUGCCCAUCCUCAACCAGAUGUACGAGGCCGGGCCCGUCAAGCACACCGGGCAGUUCCAGCGGCGUAAGCAGUACCCGCUGGGGCUGGUGCUGGCGCCCACGCGCGAGCUCGCCACGCAGAUCUUCGACGAGGCGCGCAAGUUCGCCUACCGCUCGCGAGUGCGCCCCUGCGUCGUCUACGGAGGUUCCCCGAUCCACGAGCAGUUCCGCGAACUAGAGCGCGGCUGCCACCUCCUCGUGGCCACGCCCGGUCGCCUGGUGGACAUGCUGACCCGCGGCCGCGUGGCGCUGGACCACUGCCGCCAUCUCGUGCUCGACGAGGCCGACCGCAUGCUCGACAUGGGCUUCGAGCCGCAGAUCCGAAAGAUCGUCGAGGGCCACACGAUGCCCAAGACCGGCGACCGCCAGACGCUCAUGUUCUCCGCCACGUUCCCCAAGCAGAUCCAGGUGUUGGCGCAGGACUUCCUGAGCAACUACGUGUUCUUGGCGGUCGGGCGGGUCGGGUCCACGUCCGAGAAUAUUACCCAGAAGGUUGUCUGGGUAGAAGAGUCACAAAAGCGUUCCUUCCUCCUGGAUCUUCUAAAUGCUUCCAACCUGCUCCGCAGUUCGCGCCCCGAAGAGGAUCAAUUGACCCUUGUCUUUGUUGAGACUAAGAAAGGCGCGGACCAGCUGGAGGAGUACCUGGACCACGAGGGCUACCCGGUGACGUCGAUCCACGGCGACCGCACGCAGCGCGAGCGCGAGGAGGCGCUGCGCCGCUUCCGCACCGGGCAGACGCCCAUACUCGUCGCCACCGCUGUCGCCGCUAGAGGUCUGGACAUCCCGCACGUGCGUCACGUGAUCAACUUCGACCUGCCUUCGGACGUGGAGGAGUAUGUCCACCGCAUCGGUCGUACAGGGCGCAUGGGCAACCUGGGCGUGGCCACGUCCUUCUUCAACGACUCCAACCGCGGCCUCGCGCGGGACCUCAUCGAGCUUCUGGUGGAGGCCAAGCAGGAUGUGCCCAAUUGGCUGACAAGCUGCGCAGCCGACGGGCGCUCGGGCGGCGGCGGGCGGCGCGCGGGCUCGCGCUCGGGCGGCGGCUCCGGCAACCGCUUCGGGGGCAGCGGCUUCGGCGCUCGGGACUUCCGUACCCAGCCGCGCACCGCCACGCGCUCCGGCGGACCCUCCAUGGGCGGAGGCUUCGGCUACGGCGGCGGCGGCGGUUCUUACGGCGGGUCGUACGGCGGCUCGUACGGCGGGGGCGGCGGCGGCGGCGGCGGGGGCGGCGGCCCCGACUGGUGGGACUCGUAAACACCCGCGCCACACGCACGCUCGCUCCACACAUUACUUUAACCAUAGACUAGAGAUGCAACGUGACGCCCUAACAACCCACAAACAACCAGUACAAUCGACAAGCCAAUUUUUUGCGGCCCUACUUGUUUGUUAAGACGACUUUUAGCAAUUGUUUAAUGGCCGCCUGUUUUGUGUUGUAUUUAAUGUUAUAGCGUGAAUGAGACAUGAGAUUGGAGGCCAUUUUUCGGCCGGUUGAUUGGCUUAGUUAGGUCUAGUUUCUUGAAUGCUGAUUAUUAAGUUGAUGGUGGUGGUGAUUAUGGUGAUGAUGAAAGUUACCAGCACUAGGAAGUGUAAUGAUGUGUUUGAGCAAAGAUUUUAAUGAAUGUUUUAUAUUUAUUGAUCAGCUUUUUGGAGACGUAUGCAUUUUUGAUCGUUUUCGUUGUUGGUCAUUAGGGCGUCAUCUUCUGCUUCGAAUAUUGAAUGGAGAUAUACUUACGCGACUACCAUCGAGCGUCACCGACAUUUAUACUCUUUCUAAUGACGAGUCCCUAUUUAUCAAUCGUAAAGAUUUUACAUAAUACUUUAGAUAUACGUUUCUUGCAUUGUAUUAAAUUUCGCCCGAGGCGCCCCCCAACUGUCAUCCCAGUCGUAACUGUUAAGUAAUGUUAAUGUUUUUAGAUUUAUUUUAUUUUUCUUAUAAAUAAACUUAUUCCGAUGCACAUUGUCGGAGUGAAAUUGACCCGUGGCUAUAGUGUUUAUGGUUGUUUAUACUUGGACGAGCCGUGCGACGACAGCGGGCAGCGGCGGCGGCGAGACGACGCGCGGGCGCUGAAUCUCAUGCGCGACGCCUGCGCCGUCAAAAUAUUAAGUUUCUUAAUUUUCAUAGUUUGAACACGGAUAUGAUAUAAAAUAUCUGUGCGAUCCAUGUGCAGGUAGGACAGAAUACGUUAUAGAUUAGUAUAAUACCACGACCACGCGUCGCAUUGUAGCGCGCACGCGGUACUGUGUCGACGGCUGGUCAUUUUAAUAUAGAGAAUAUUUUUGAUGUUCAGUAAUCAGUGGAUUCUAAAGUGAUUAGUUAUUGUGUCGAUUUCGAUAUUUUCUAUUUCCUGACGAUAGCCAACUCAAACUCCUUUCAUCUUAACACUCUGGAUUUUUGAAGCAUUUAUGCACCGUAAUCGAAAUGUAGCUGAUAAUAUGAUAAUCAUUGAUGCAGUAGCUUUAGAAAUUGUGAAGUACCAUUACCGUUUACAGGAUGGCAAUGAAUAAUUUGUGACUAAAUUUUGUCCGUAGGAAAUCCAUUAUUGUAACAUCUGUCAUCAAUGUGGUCUAUAAUUUGAAUGUGGAUUUAUCAAUAAAAUUUAAGAAACAGGA